AUGCCGGACAACACCCCGAGAAGCUGGUUCGCCGUCCCGGCCCCCGUCGCCGCACUCUUCCGACGCUUCCCCCUCGCCGUCUACCCUGCCAACGAGCUCCCCCUCCGCAGUCCCUCCCGCGGCGACACGCCGACACUAUACGUCUUCAUCGCGGACGAUGAUGCCCCGAGGGGCCGACCGAGCUUCAACCCCUCGUGUCUAAAGUGGCAGACCUUUCUCAAAAUCGCCGGCGUAGACUUCCACAUCGCCCCCUCAACAAAUCACGCCUCCCCUUCCGGCGCCCUCCCAUACCUCCUCCCUCCCUCCCCGCUCCGUCCCAUCGCCGGCGCCUCGAAGCUCGAAUCCUACGCCCUAGAAAACACCACCCUCAAGAGGCUGCCCGUGCUAUCCUCCUCCUUCUCGACCUCGUCCACGCCCGACGCGGAGCUCAAGGCCCGCGAGCAAGCCUACCAGUCCUUGCUGGACCACCGCCUCCGCGCCGCCUGGCUACACGCCCUCUACCUCGCCCCCGCCAACGCGGACCUCCUGUCGCGGCUCUACAUCGAGCCGGCGUCCAAGAACCCUGUCGUCAGGCUGACGCUCUCGCACCAGGUUCGCGCGGCGGCCGAGGCUGAGGUGUUGAAGGUGACGAGGAGCGCGGUGGUGGAUGUGAAGAGGGUACACGCCGACGCGCGCGCAGCGUUUGAGGCGCUUGCCGCGUUGCUGGAGGAGAACGGCAGCAGUCGUGGUAGUAACUCAGAGAAAGGGGGAGAGGAUGAUGGUGAGUGGUUCUUUGGCUGCGAGGGCCCGACGCUGUUUGACGCGUCUGUGUUCUCGUACACGCAGCUGCUGCUCGACGAGGAGUUCGGGUGGGUGGAUGCUUCGCUGUCAGAGAUUCUGCGAGAGUUCCCUGUCCUUGUGAGGCAUCGCGAGAGGUUGCUGGAGAGGUGCUUUCCCGAUAGCGAAGAGGGGGUCUUGGUAUGA